CCUCAUAUUGUAUUCCUUCACUUCGGGCUCUCCGAAACUAACCUCGCUACUCGAUCCAUCCUCUUUGAAACUUCCUUUUUUCACAAUUUCGUUUCGUUUCGUUUCUCCCAAGUUGUUUUGUUAACAAAAAAGCAAGUCCUUCACCAUUUUUUUUCCUGACCAACUAAAAAAACCUCUGGGUCACCUCUGCUAUUCUCACCAUUUGAUCCAUCUGCUAGUGGAUCAUCUCUGUGAAGCUUCUACCUUUUUUUCACCAUUUCAUUUUGUUUCAUUUCUUCCAAGUUGUUUUGCCCACCAUUUCUGAAAAUUUCUUGCCCAAAAAAAAAAAAAAAACAAAAAAGAAGAAAAAACUCAGGUUUAUUCAUGUUCACUUUGAUUCUGUCCAACUAAACGAACCUCUUUAUCUCACUUCUGCUAUUCUCAACAUUUCAGUCAUUUGGUGGUUCGUUACUCGUCUCUGUACUUCUGUUAUCUGUGUAUUGUUUUGUGUCUGUUUUCCAAUACUCAAAAAAAAAAAAAGAAAAAAAAAGAGGAAAUGUCUGGCAUCGAAUUCGGUAUUGAUGUUGCUGGCAAUGUUGCUGGCAAUGUUGCUGGCAAUGUUGCAGGGAACCUGGUUGAUAGAAUUUUGAAUCUAAUCUGGAACAGAAUAGCUCGUGUGUUCAAAUGGAAGACUAAUUUAAAGAAUCUGGAGGAAGAAGUUAAGAAGCUGGAGGAUAAAAUAGAGAGUGUGCGGGAAUUGAUGGAAGCUGCUGAAAGAAAAGGGGAAGAGGCCAGGCGGAAGGUCAAGAGUUGGCUGACUGAUGCAGAGAAGUACAUUGGAGAGAUGAAGUCAGAGGAUGAUGAAGAUAAAGCCAAGAAGAAGUGUUUCCUAGGGUUCUGUCCUAAUCCCAGGGCACGUUACCAAAUCAGCAAGAAAGUGGAGAAGUAUUUGGUGGAUGUUAUUCGACUCCUAAAAGAAGCUGACAAAUUCAAGAUCCCAGAUUUCUACUGUCCUCCAAAAUCUACAGCACCAGUUAAUAAAGGUUUUGAGGGUUUUGGGUCAAGAACACCUGAUUUGAACCGUAUUAUGGAGGCCUUGAGAAGGGCUGGCACUGACAAGAUAGGUAUUUAUGGAAUGCCUGGUGUUGGAAAGACCAUGUUAGCCAAAGAAGUUGCCAGACGAGCUGAGGAAGCCCACUUAUUUCAUUCAGUUGUAUUCGCUUCUGUGAGAAAGGAGCCGGACUUGAAAAGAAUUCAAGGAGAAAUUGCUGACAACUUAGACCUACAGCUUCAUGGGGAGACUGAAGUUGGGAGAGCAAAGCAACUAAAGGAUUAUCUGAAGAAAAAGAAGAGGAUUCUUGUGAUUUUAGAUGACAUCUGGUCGAGGCUAGAUUUGGAUGAACUUGGAAUUCCUUUUGAAGAGAUAAAGAAUGAGGCAUGGUUAAAAAAGAAUGAGGAAAGUUCAAAGGGUGAAGAACAGAUGCAAUGCAAGAUUCUCUGCACAUCUAGAUCUCACGAUGUCUUAACACGUGAAAUGGGUACUAAUCAAAAUUUGAAAGUUGACUCAUUGCCAGCUGACGAAGCAUGGGAGCUUUUGAAGAAGAUAGUUGGUCCUGAAAUUGAAAAUCCUGGCUUGCGGGAUACAGCAAUGGAUAUUGCCAAAGCAUGUGCUGGGCUGCCACUAGCUAUUCAAUCUGUUGGCAAGGCUUUGAGAGGAAAGGAUUCUUAUGAAUGGAGGAAUGCUCUGCUACGACUGCAAACGCCCUCUCCAGAGAACUUCAUGGGGAUCUCUGCAAAUGUUUAUUCUGCAAUUGAAUUGAGUUACAACUACUUAGAAGGAGAAGAAUUAAAGCAAACUUUCUUGCUUUGUGGUUUGCUUGGACAGAGUGCUUAUGUAGAAGACUUGCUAACAUAUGGCAUUGGUUUGGGCUUAUUUCAUAAUGUCAAGACAAUCGGACAAGCACGAGACAGGGUACUAACAUGGGUUAGGAAGCUAAAAUCUUGUUCUUUGUUGCUUGAUGAUUCUAGCAAUACUCACAUUAAUAUGCAUGAUAUUGUUCUUGAUGUUGCCAUAUCAAUUGCCUCAAGGGACUACCAUGCGUUAUCAUUAAUAGAUGACAACGUACCCGAAAAGUGGUCAGAUAGGGAGGCCAUGGGAGAUGUCAAAUGGAUUAGUUUGCGACAUGCUAAUAUUAGUGAGCUCCCUGAUGAGCUGGAAUGUCGGCAACUUACCUUAUUCCAUUUAGCUAGCAAGAAUCCUUCUAUGAAAAUUCCAGACAAUUUUUUCCGGGGAAUGCCAAAUCUCAGAGUCUUGAAUUUUACCACGAUGUAUUUCUUAUCCAUGCCUUCAUCAAUUUGCCUUCUGAAAAACCUCCGUGCAUUACAUAUCAAUGACAGUGCUAUAAAAGAAAUAGCUAUUGUUGCAGAGCUGAGUGGUUUGGAAGUCCUUAGCCUUUCAAGAAGUGAUAUUGAAGAGUUGCCAACGGAAAUUGGACAUCUGACCCAACUAAAGUUUUUAGAUUUGAAUGAUUGUACUAAGCUCAAAGUGAUACGACCCCAUGUCUUAGAGAGUUUGUCCAGGCUAGAAGAACUGUAUCUGCAAAACAGCUUCAAUCAAUGGGAUGCUAACGGACUUGGAAAUCAAAGAAAUGCUAGCCUUGCUGAGUUGAAGGAUUUGCAUAACCUAGUUGCUUUAGAUGUGCAGGCAUGUGAUGUCCAACUUAUUCCAGAAGACUUAUUCUCUGAAAGAUUGAAUAGAUACAAGAUAUUCAUUGGAAAGGUGUGGAACGUUAACAGCUGGGAUAGUUCUUCUGAAAGCUCAAAAAUAUUGAAGCUGGAGUUGAAUACAAGAAUUACUCGUUUCCAUUCUAUUUGCAUGUUGUUAAAGAAAACAGAAGAACUACAUUUUGAGAAACUGAGGGUUGUGAAGAAUAUAGUUCCUCAGUUAGAUGUUGAAGAUUUUCAAGAACUGAAGUAUCUUUACGUUAAAAAUGCUCCUGAGAUUCAGCAUAUCAUUAACUCAGUGGGGGAGAUUCCUUGCCAUGUAUUUCCCCUCUUAGAAGUACUAUUUCUUCAGAAUUUGCAUAAUAUGGCGAAGAUUUGUCAUGGCCAGCUUGCAGAAACAUCUUUUAGAAGAUUGAGAACUAUAACCAUUGAACGUUGUAAUCAGCUAGAGAGUUUGUUCCCAUUCUCCAUAGCUAGACGACUUCAACUUAAGGAAAUUAGAGUAACAAAGUGCUCUAAUAUGCUAGAGAUUGUUGAUGAGGAAGGGCAAGCGACUGCUAAUGAUAUAGCUGAAGCAAAUGAGAAUUUCGAGUUUGCCCAUCUACUGUCCUUGAAAUUGCAGUAUUUGCCAAAGUUCAUUAGAUUGUGCCAUGGACUUGUGGAAGAAAAUGAUUCAAGGUCCAAGCCUGUAUCACUUUUCAAUGAAAAGAUUGUCUUUCCAAACCUCGAGAAGUUGGAGUUGUCCUCGCUGAACAUUAAAAGUAUAUGGAGCAGUCAGCUUUCUGCAAAAUCCUGCUAUGUGCAGAGUCUGACAGAUUUGAUCAUUAAGGGCUGUGGUCAUUUGAAACACCUAUUGUCAUUCUCUAUGGCUAAAUGUCUAGUUCAGCUAAGAUACCUUCGGAUAGACACAUGCAAGAGGAUGAGAGAGAUAAUUGCACCAGAGGAUCCAGAAGAAAUGGAAGAUUUGAAUUUGUUCCCCAUGUUAAACGACCUGUAUAUGGGAGAUCUUGAAAACCUUAGUAGAUUUUGCCCCGGAAACUAUAGUAUUGAAUUCACAACCUUGAAGAAAUUGGUUAUAUACAAAUGUCCAGAAUUGAAUGGGUUCAUAGGCAAUGUGGGCACAGAUGUCACAGGUGGAAUACAGUCCCUCUUUAAUGAAAAGGUUGCUUUUCCCAGCUUGGAACAAUUGGAAAUCAGUAGCUUGGAGAUGUUGCGGAUCAUAUGGCACCACCAACUCCCUGCAGAUUCGUUCUGCAAACUAAAAAAUUUAUCCAUUUCAUCUUGUGAUAAAUUAUUGAAUAUUUUUCCAUCUUAUAAGCUUGCCAGAUUAUUGACAUCAGUGGAGGAGUUAAGGGUAAGAGAAUGUGAUAGUCUAGAAGAGAUAUUUGAACUUGGGGAAUUGAAUGUGGAAGAGUCACAUGCUGUGGUAAACACUCGGUUAAGAGAUUUGUCUUUGGGGUUUUUACCAAGGUUGAAGCAUUUGUGGAGCAAGGAUCCCUGCAGAAUUCUCACUUUCCGGAACUUGUGGUCCGUGGCAGUUGUCCAGUGCAAGAACCUCAAAAAUAUAUUUCCAGCUGCAUUGGCUAUGGACCUUCAGCAACUUGAAGUUUUGAGGAUAGAACUUUGCGAUGUGAUGGAGGAAGUUGUAGCAUUGGAAGUAGGAGAUGAAGCAGUUCCUAGGUUUGCGCUUCCUCAUUUAUCUACUCUUAAGCUGCAGCAUCUACCAAGUCUCAAAUAUUUCUAUCCUCGAAAACACAUAAUAGAGUGCCCCAAGUUAAAAGAUUUCUAUGCAUAUGGUUGCGGCUCUUCAGUAGAAACAAAAGGAGAAAGGCUUGGCAUAUCUCCGAUUCAACAACUGCUUUUCUCUAUGGAAAAGGUCUUUCCUAAAUUAGAGAAACUGUCAUUAACAAGUGAUGACGUCGCAAUGAUAUUUGAUGAGCAAUUUCCAAGGGACCUCUUUUGCAAUGUUAAAGCUCUUCAUCUUCUUACUUAUGAAGAUGAAUCACUUUUGUUUUCAAUUUGCUUCCUUCAAUGUUUCUGCAAGCUGGAAAAGCUUCACGUAACUGAUCUUGGUUUGAAGGAGUUAUUCUUUUUUGAAGGAGACGCUGAUGGUCAGGAGAAAUGUGUGGGAACACAGUUACAUAUUAGAGAGUUGAAUUUGGAAUCAUUUUAUAAUUUGAGGCACAUAUGUAACCAAGACUCAAGAGGAGCUGACCUAAUUCUUCAAAAUCUUAGAAUUCUGAAUGUGAGUGACUGUCAUGGCUUGAUUAGCUUAACAGCAUCUACGGUACAUUUCCACAAUCUCACCACUUUGGAUGUACAGCAUUGCAGCGUGUUAAGAAAUUUGGUUUCAUUCUCAAUAGCUCAAAGCCUGGUUCAACUUGAAACAAUGAGCAUAACAGAAUGCAACUCACUGACUGAAGUAGUUGGAGACGAAAGAGAUGGCUUAGAAGAUGGGAUCAUUUUUAUGAAAUUAAAAGUUUUGAAACUCAUGCAGUUAAUAAAGCUCACAAGCUUUUGUUCAAGACUUAAUUUCGCCUUCAAGUUCCCAUGUUUAGAACGCUUGGUUGUGUGUCAAUGUCCCAACAUGGACACCUUCUGUAAGGGAGUCGUAAAGACUCCAAUGCUGCAGAGAAUAUCACUGAAUGACUACGAUGAGGGGCGUCUGGUGGGUGAAUUGAAUAGCACCAUAAAUCAAUUGUAUGAAGAAAAGGUUGGAUAUGCUGGGUUAAGCGAUUUGAGAUCCUCGGAGCUUCCUAAUUUGAUGGAAAUAUGGAACAAAAACCCUCAAGAUAUAUUGAAUUUCCAAAGGAUUUUUGGGCUGGAAAUCUGUAAUUGUGAUAGCUUGAGAUACCUCUUAACUCCAUCCAUGGUGUUGAGUCUUUCUCGUCUCUGGGAAUUGAGGGUACAAAACUGUGAAAUGAUAAAGCAAAUCAUCACAGAAGAGGAAGUUAUAGAGAUGGUAUCAUUUUCAACAUUUUCAAUAAUGCAAGAGAAAGAGACAACUAUUGGAGGAAGUGAAGAAAGGCUUGAUAUCCCUACUGAACCAUUUUUCAGUGAUCAGGUGGCGUUCCCUAAUCUAGAGCUGCUUUUUAUCUCCCGGAUGGGGAGCUUGAUCAAGAUAUGGGAUGAACGACUUGAUGAAGAUUCCUUCUACAAACUAGAUAUCCUAAGUGUAAAUUAUUGUGAAAAACUAUUGAAUAUUUUUCCAGUUCAUAUGGUAGGGAGGCUACAAAACCUAAAUCAGCUGCGGAUACGGAAUUGUGUUUCACUAGAAGAAAUAUUUGAACCUCAAGGACUAGAUGCUGAUGAAUCAGAAGCACAAAUAACUGCUCAAUCAGCUUUGGUGGAAACAACCCCUAAUUUUGUAUUUCCAAAAGUAACAUCUUUGGAUCUUCAGUGGCUACCCAAUCUCCAGAGUUUCUACACUCAAAUACAUUCUACAGAAUGGCCAUCAUUGAAAAAAUUGAACGUGAGCGGAUGUGAUAAAGUGCAGAUACUAGCUUCAGAACUUUCGAGAAUAAGUGGAGAGAGCCAACUUGAAAUCCGAACUGAACGCUCUCUGUUCUGGGUCAGUAAGGCUACAUUCCCCAAUCUAGAAGAACUGAUAGUGGAGCGGAAUGAUGACCUAAAGGAGAUAUGGCACAGUGAUGAUGAUGUCAAGAAUGACAUUAUUUUUACCAAACUGAAGUCUUUGCAACUUAAAUGUCUUCUAAGACUAGCGAGCUUCUGCUUAGGGAAUUGCAACUUUGAAUUCUUGUCUUUGGAGGAUGUAAUUGUGAUGGGGUGCCCAUAUAUGAUGACUUUCUCUGGGGGAGAAGUAAGUACAGUUAACCUGCAGAAAGUAAAAUUCACAGAAGAUGAAGGUGUAGAAUGUUGGGAAGGUGGCCUUAAUCCCACAAUACAACAGUUGUUUGUAGAAAAGGUUGGAUAUGCUGUGGUAGCACAUUUGACCCUCUCACAGUUUCUUGAGUUGAUGGGAAUGAGGAGCAAGAAACCUCAAGAAAUAUUGAAUUUCAGAUGGCUUUACUCUCUAGAAUUUUGUAAUUGUGGUAACUUGAGGUACUUGUUAACUCUUUCCAUGGUAUUGAGCCUUAUUUCUCUAAAAAAGAUGAAAGUACAAAAUUGUGAACUGUUAGAGCAAGUAAUCUCAGAAGAGGCCAACUUGAAAGACGGCAUUGUUUUCACCAGACUGAAGUCUUUGGAACUUAAAGGUUUACCGAGACUUGGAAGCUUCUGUUUCGGUAAUUGCAAUUUUGAAUUCACAUCUUUGGAAGAUGUAAUUGUGAUGGCAUGUCCAUAUAUGAUGACUUUCUCUGGAGGAGAAGUAAGUACACCAAAACUGCAUAAAGUGAAAUUAACAAUAGAUGAUGAAGAUGAAGGAUGUUGGGAAGGUGGUCUUAAUCCCACGAUACAGCUUUUGUCUACAAAAAAUGGGUGUUGGUGACUCUAAAGAAGAUUGAAAUUUAUGCUUUGUAAGAGCUGGUGUUGGUUUGAUCUUUAAUAUGGUGAGAGGAUUCUCUGAUUCCAUCAAGUUUUCUGAUAUUUCCCAUAAAGACACGCAUCUCUUAUACAAUCUCUACCUGUUUUUGAUAUUUUCUUACUGACAGGUCUUGUGGGUAUUCCCUGGAUUUUAGUGACUGCAGGCUACAAAUAUUUUUGGCACUUAUAAUAUUAUUUAGAUUCCUAAACUAGUCUCGAGAUUUGAACUCCUUGUGUGACUUUGUCUUGUUACUAUUUAAUUUCAUAUCCUGUUUUGGUAUUGUGAUGUUAAGGACAAUAUUUAAACCUGAACAUAUGUAUCUUAAUACAGAAAACGUGUUGUU